GGAAGUACUAUCCGCGCUUGCGCACUAGACGUGGUCGUAGCUCGGAAGUCCUCUUAGCUUUGAGCUAGUCGGCACGUCCUGUGUUAGAGGACACGUUUCAGCCAAAAUGAUCGCUAAAGUCAUCGGGCCGAAGUAUUUGGCAAUUGCCAAAUCAUGGAUCCCAACCAUGGCUGUGUGGGGCACAGCCGGAGGAGUAGCUCUGGUCCACUUCACAGACUGGCGAUUGUUUUUAGAUUAUGUUCCCUACAUCAACGGCAAAUUCAAGAAUGAUGACCAGUAGUGACACUCAGGUCUGUGCUGUUUUUUCACACAAAGACUUAAAUAUUGAACAAGAACUGCUGCUGCAGCCAGUACGUUGCACUCCGGUCCAAUUCCAUGCGAGGCUACUGGAAGCUGUCAUCUUCAUCCAGCAGCCCAAUUCAACAUUGAACUGAUUGCCAUCAACAUCCUGUUAAAUGCACUGGAGUUUCAGCGUUCUCAACCAGUCAGAAUGUCAAUGAAAGGACCAUGAAAACAGAUGUUAAAUGGACUUUUCUUUUCCUUCUUCAUUUGGGAUCAGAUAUUUAUUUUAAUCAUCAGUCUCCCGUGGAUCAAAUCUGUCCUUCGCGUUAUGUUGUAAUUGUUUGGAAGAGAAGUAAAAUAUGUGAGAUUUA